AAACGACGAGGUUGGCACGAAACCCAGGAAAGGACGAGAUCCCCUUUUUCCAUACUCAAUAUUUUCCUCUGGUUGCACUGUUGGAAAACAUCGCAUUGCCUUCGAGCUUAUACCGGAAGCUUUCGAACAAGUUUGUGCUUUACAUCUGGGAAAGCUCCUUCUUUCUAUGCUCGAAAUGGGCGAGGAGUGGGCGAACGUGUAAACAACACCAGCGAGUUAAUGUCUGGCCUGUCAGUAGCCUUCGCUUUGCACACGAGCCAUCAUACAUCAUCAUACACACAAUCCGCUCGGAAGUCUACUUGCAGGCGUAAAAUGUUAACAUUUUUCUAAAUAUUACCCUUUACAAGCAUUAUUGAACGGUAUUUCGGAUCACCCACGAGAUCUACGCCCUUCCAUCAAACAGCUGAUACCAGGAAAGUCUUGACAGGAAAAAAAAAUCCCAGCAGAAAGCAAUGCUAUCUCGUGCCAUUUGCUCACAAUAGAUAGGCACCGUAUAACUCUUGGUACGAAGUAUACCUAAGCCUCGUUAUAACCACUCGAUAGAUAUACUGGACCGUGGAACGGGAACAGUCCUUCUGUCAAGACAAUGGAUUUCAAAUGUCCACUCUGUGAUAUGCCAAUGCCGUCACUGGAGAAGCUCAAGCAGCACAUUAAGAAUACCCAUAGUGCAUAUUUUUACGAUACCUACCUGUUCCCACCGGAAAUGCUCUUCCCAGGAGCGCCCUCCAGCGUCGCGACGAACAACUUGGAAGGGGUGAUAACGAGCGAACCGAUUUCUACACCGGAAGUUACUAUCGAACAAACGGAAGAACCGUGCUGUAUGUGUUGCGAGUACGAAACAGCCGAUGGGGAUGGCACCGAUUGUGGCUUGUGUGACUGCAACUGCGAGGAUGACGCCGGUGCGGAGUGUGAUGACUGUAUGGUGAUGUAAGUACACUUUCAACUCUAAUCUAGCUUGUAAAAGCACACAGGAAACGUCUGGAAACGUUGAGACCUGCCUGAGGGAAUCCAGAAAGAGAGACAAACUCAAAGCAUAACUUAUAAUCGAUGUUUUUUUUUUAUUCUUAAUCACUUAACCUAA